ACUCUCGGACACUCAGUCGGAACAUCGCAUAAUACUGCAGAACACAGAGAGGGGCUCGGGACCCCCAGCAUCCGCUCUACAACCCGCAGGAGCUCGGGACAGCGCGCGCGGACAGUCCGGACACUCAGCGGACUGUAGAUCUGCCCAAAGCCACAGCUGGAGUUUGGUUUGAAGGUGUGUGUGGACACACAGUGGACAGUGCUGUGAGUGGACAGUGGACGGCAAUCAGUGGACGGUGAACAGUGGACAGUGAUUAGUGGUGGUGGUCAGUGGUGGUGGUCGGAGGCAGGAUGGAGUUCAGCUGCUCACCAAAGCCCCAGCUGUCCUCCAGGGCCAACGCCUUCUCCAUUGCUGCUCUGAUGGCCAGCGGCAAGGAGAAGGACAAGGAAACUGAAGAGAACACCAUCAGACCGCUGGAGCAGUUCGUGGCGCAAUCUUCUUCCUGCGAGCGAGCGGAUGAGGAGGAAUCCCGGGAACUGGCGGAGUCCCGGGAGCGCUCAGAGCCUUUGAUCCCGCGAGCUCCCGCCGCGCCCAGCGAGGACAUGAAGAACAUCAGCUGCAGCCUCGAGACCAAAGAACUGUGGGACAAGUUUCACGAGCUCGGCACCGAGAUGAUCAUCACUAAAUCCGGGAGAAGGAUGUUCCCCACUAUCCGUGUGUCGUUCAGUGGGGUGGAGCCAGACUGCAGGUACAUCGUUCUGAUGGACAUCAUCGCCAUGGACAACAAGCGCUACAGAUACGCCUACCAUCGCUCAUCCUGGCUGGUGGCGGGAAAAGCUGACCCUCCACUGCCUGCACGUCUGUAUGUUCAUCCCGACUCACCCUUCACUGGAGAGCAGCUGCUGAAACAGAUGGUUUCAUUUGAGAAGGUCAAACUUACCAACAACGAACUGGACCAGCAUGGACACAUUAUCCUGAACUCGAUGCAUAAGUAUCAGCCUCGCGUUCACAUCAUAAAGAAGAAGGAGCACACAGCCUCUCUGCUCAACCUCAAAUCAGACGAGUUCCGCUCCUUCAUCUUCAACGAGACUCAGUUCACCGCUGUCACCGCCUACCAGAACCAGCUGAUUACUAAACUGAAGAUCGACAGUAACCCCUUCGCUAAAGGCUUCAGAGAUUCAUCCAGACUGACAGACAUUGAGAGGGAAAGUGUGGAGAACUUGAUCCACAAACACUCGUAUGCUCGCUCUCCUAUACGGACCUACAGCACCGAAGAGGAGAGUCUGGGAGACGACACACACUCCACACACAGCCGGGGUUCUGCAUUCACGGCCUCAGAUAAUCUCUCUCUGAGCUCCUGGGUUUCCUCCUCCUCCGGAUUUUCGGGUUUCCAGCCCCCUCAGUCUCUUUCGGCUCUGGGCUCUGGCGGUGGCGGCCUGGCCGGCCCCCUGCCCCCCAUCCAGGGCUCAUUGCCCCCCUACGGCCGACUGGGCAUGCCCCUCACCCCCUCUGCUCUGGCUGGGUCCAUGCAGCCCAGCGGGCCGACCUUCCCCUCCUUCCACAUGCCCCGCUACCACCACUACUUCCAGCAGGGCCCGUAUGCCGCCAUCCAGAGCCUGCGCCACUCCAACACCGUUAUGACCCCUUUCGUAUGACCAGGGGAGCCACUGCAAUAACAAUUAAAACAGUAAUAAUAAUAACAGUAAUAAAUUUAAUUUAUACACAAGGCCACUUCACACAAUCAGCACUCACAAUGACAUGCAAAUCGUUUCCUGAGGGAGGGGGUCGGACACAGGGGACAAAAGAGAGCGGGGCUACUGCAGCCUUUGCACUCUUUAGCUUUUAUAAGGACUCAGAUAUCAACACAGAUACAUAAACAUGAAUAUUGUUUAAUUUUCCACUAGAAAUAGAAUAUCUAAAAGAUUUAGCCUACAGCAGUUUAGCUCCAGCAAUUCAGCCUACAGCAGUCUAGCUCCACCCACUCAUCCAACAGCGGUUUAGUCCCACCCACUCAUCCUACAACAUAUUACCCCCGCCCAUUCAGCCUACAGUAGUUUAGCUCCACCCAUUCAGCCUAAAGCAGUUUAGCCCCACUAAAGGAGUGUUUUACUGCUUUUUGAAUGAUGUACAGCCAAUCAGAACAGAAUUCAUUUAUAUGUUUCAGACUUAAAGGUACAGUUAUACAGUCUGCCUGUUUAACUGAAGAAUAAGGUGAGGCUGUAAAUAAUUAUGUAGAAAUGAAUCACAGCCGUUUUUGGUAAAUAAAACACUCGAAUGAAGCUCAGAGAGAAACAAUACAGAGAAAAGUAAGAAACGGCCCCUUAAAGACUUCAGUCUCGCAGUGUGUUGUAGUCAUUUUGUGGUUUCGCUUAAAGCAGAGUGGUGCUCAGAGAAAUUACAAUGUUUUGGACUCUGCGUGUUGCGGCACAGUGAGUCUGCUGUGCAGUGUCCUUAAACACUAGAAGGCGUUGUGAUGAAACUGCAGUUGCGUACAGAGGUGGGACUUAAACCUCGAGCCUCUAACACACCUUAUAAAAAAAUUCAGAAUAAUGAGAAUAAAAAUGAAUUCCAAACCCCCAUAUACAGACCACCCCCUCCCCCGCACACGCACACACUCAGCAUCACUGAAACUGUAAAUAGUGAGACUGAUAUCAGACUGUUCAACGACCUGGAAGAGCUGCUGACCGCAGCCGCACCGGAGAGACAAACAAAGAAAGUACCAAAGGACUCCGCAGUUCAGAUCUGAAACAUGGGUCUUCAGCGUGGUGACGGUGAUGGACUCCACCGCCGAGACACUUGCUCAUCCUGCUCUUCCUCAGUUCCCCAAUCUUCACCAGAGGAACAUACAGCUAAAGGAGGGAAACGUGAGCUGUCCUGCACGGAAAUGACCAGAACUGUGGACAGUGUCUUGUUUCUCUCUCCAACACUCAGACUGUGUAGAACAGAGUCGGACAUUAGGGGGCGCCUUGCUGUCUCCACAGCGUGCUGCGCUGACAGGACCAUGCUGGGAUCCGUCCGUUCAUUAGAAUAUCAGAGACGUUUCUCUCUCUGUUCUCUGUCGAGCUAAACGAUGGAGAAUAAUGUGGUGUGAUUUGAAAGGGAAACUUCACCGACAUUCCAAAAUUCAUGCAUAGUUAAGUGGUUAAAAUACUUUUCAGAGCGGUUUGGUGUGAAACACGCCGUUCUAGAUAAACUUACUGAUUCAGCAUUGUUCACAGUGGUGGUCACACGAACCAGAAGUCCACCUCUAAA